UUGCGCGAGGUGAGCGUCUUGCCGAAGGAUGCAUGUUUUCAGCAUUAUAAACACAAGAAGCGUCCGACUUUUUAGACACAUUUUCUUUAAAGGCUUUUCUCGCACAUCUACGAAUAUGAGUUCUGGAGUGCGCUUGCGGCUUCUCCCUAGGAGCAAGUGCUUGUUCAAUGAGACGAUUCACACAACAAUUGAAGGACUAGUCCCCGGGAAGUGCGUGGAAUUGACCGCAAAACUCACCGAUGACAAAGGCGUAACAUUCAAGUCCUCUGGCACGUACAAGGCAGAUCCAAGAGGGGAGAUACGUUUAGACAGCCAUCCUUCCCUUGGCGGCAGCUACAGUGGAGUUGAACCCAUGGGUCUUUUUUGGUCCAUGAGACCGGAGAUGCCCCAUGUGAAACUACGGAAGAGGGACGCGUUAAGCCCCUGUCUUGUGCAUAUCGAAGUUCACGACAGCGAGAGGCAGGGGCAUGUUCUCGCCAGAGAGACAAAUGCGAGAGGAUUCAUGGUAGAAGGUUUGCGGCGCAUACCAAUAAAAGAAGGAAGAAUUAGGGGUAUCCUCUUUCUGCCACCUGGUCCAGGUCCAUUCCCAGGCAUUGUGCAUAUGCAUACUUUAGGUGGUGGGUUGUCAGAAGUCAGUGGAUCCCUGCUAGCAAACCAAGGCUUUGUGGUUUUGAGUCUGGCUUUCUAUGGCUAUGAGGACUUGCCAAAAAACAUGACAAAGCUUGAUUUGGAAUACUUUGAAGAGGCCAUAAUGUUCCUGAGAAAUCUGCCUGAGGUCAAAGCACCUGGAGUUGGCAUAUUGUCCAUCUCGAAGAGUGGAGAUUUAGCACUGUCCAUGGCCUCUUUCCUGACUGGAGUCUCAGCCACAGUCUGUGUCAAUGGUUGCAAUGCUAACGUCCUGGCCCCCCUACACUAUAGGGGCAUGGUCAUCCCACCCCUUCUUGCAAAUCUAAACAGAGCCAUGGCCACAGAGUCUGGGGUUCUGGAUGUUAGCAACUGCCUUUUGGACCCCAUGGCCCCGGAGAACCAGGGAUCCCUCAUCCCCAUAGAGCGAGCCAAGUGCACGUUCCUGUUUGCUGUAUCAGGGGAUGAUAGAAACUGGAAAAGCUGCUUUUAUGCAGAGCAGAUGAUGAAGCGACUGAAGGAUCAUGGGAAACAUGACUCCGAGCUGGUGGUUUACCCGAAGGCAGGGCACUUUCUGGAGGUCCCCUACAUGCCACAUUGUGCCACUGGCAUGCAUGCUGCCGUGGGCAAUGCUGUGGUGGCGUUUGGGGGUGACCCCAGUGCUCAUGCUGAGGCGCAGGUGGACCUCUGGAAUAGAAUUCCAGAAUUUUUCUGGAAACAUCUUGACAGCAAAAACGAGCCGAAAGUCCACACUUUAGCCAUAUCGUGAUUGCUUAGUGAUACAACUUUUGCCCCUCUCUGAUUUGAAACGCCUUGAGCUACCAUUGUAACUCGGCUGACUUCUGGGACGUAACACAGACAGACACCUCUAACAAGCAAAUCUGACAGUAGUACAAAUCUCUUACUUUUCUGUGAUUAUAUUCUAUAUGAACAAACCUGUUUGCAUGUUUUUAAAAUGUUGGUCCCUUCAGACUUUUAUCUGGUUCACCUUUAUUUUACUAUCAUUUAAAAAAAAUGUAAUUGCAGUUUGUGCAAGGUACAUGUCCUAGAUGUAUGGGUCUGUCCAAGAUGUUAUUAUGUUUUCCU